AAGAUCUCUAACACUUCAAUCUUAACCACUAAGCGCAUACAUCCUACAAACUAGACAUGGAAAAAUCAUUAUUGGAGUAAAAUGUUGAACCAAACACUAUCACUCUCUUAAGUCGGCGGCGACUCGCUUCUUCUCGGAUCACUCUCUAUCUUCUCAUCUUCAUUGAGUUCCUACAUCUUCUCAGAAUGAACAAAGGAGGUAGUGGAGGUGGAAGUGGGCCCACCGCUGCAGCUGCAGCCGCUGCUGCUCAGAAGCAGAAAGCUCUUUUGCAAAGAGUUGAAACUGAUGUUUCUAAUCUCGUUGACAAUUUCACCGUUCUUGUUAAUGUUUCACGGGUAAAUGAUCCACCUGUCAGAAAUCAACAAGAAGCUUUUAUGAUGGAGGUGCGCGCAGCCAGGAUGGUUCAGGCAUCUGACUCAUUGUUGAAGUUGGUAUCAGAGUUGAAGCAGACUGCUAUUUUUUCUGGUUUGGCAUCGCUGAAUGACCAUGUAGAACAACGUAAAGGCGAAUUCAAUAAGCUGGCAGAGAAGACAGACAGUACAUUGGGUAGAGUUGGGGAAGAGGCUGCUGCUAGUCUCAAAGACCUUGAGACACAUUUCUACUCUUCUGCAGUAAAGGCCGGCCAACCUUCAUCACCUUGAGGCCAGCACUAAAUUUACAUGUUCUGAGUUCUCACUGUGCAAGAAAGAUGUCUCGAGUUUUCAAGAACUUGACAUUUGUGAUUCGAUUAGUGCGUCUUCUGGAUGAAAUUUGGAUUGGGGGUGAGGGGUGUCAAUCUAGCAGAUGUUAGAGCCCUUUUGACAUGUGUAUGUAAUGAUAGAUAACAAGGGCGGACUUUCCCAUUCAAGUGUAAAAUUCAAAUUAUAUAUUAUUUGGUAGUUUAAUAGUUAUUGAUUA